CUAUAUGCUACCUACAGUUAUUUUCGUCAGACAAGUGAAAUGAUAGGCCUACAUGACCUUGCAUCAAAAUGCAGUUCAUUUUAUUGUUCAAACGUCAUAGGCGCAGGGCGUGUUUUUUUUUUUGUUUGUUUGUUUAAUAAUUAAACAUAUUUAGGCCUAAUGAGUCUAAAGUCAUGUUAACACACAUACAGGGAAGUAGACUAUUAGAUCUAUGUAAACAAAAAUAAUGUAGGCCUAUGCGGAUUGAUGUUAGACAGGAAAAGGAUUCAAUGUGUUGGAAGUUAGCCCACAGAACGUCUAGGAAUGUGUGUAUGUGAAACUAACACAGAAUAUUCAGGGGAGACAAAGCUUAUAAAUAUACUAUGAAAUGAUCUAAAUAUAUCAAUAUAGACUAUACAUACGGUACCAAUUACUGCAAUUUAAAUUCUGGUCAUGUUUGUAAAUUAAAAGUGCCAGUAACUUUCUUUUUUCACACCAGGAAUAAUAUAACUCCUUAAGGGACACUGAUUUACUUGUGGCUUCAAACCUGUAAAAUAUCAAUAAUAUUUCAGUUUCAACCAUAAAAAUUGAUUGAGAGAAUCUAAACACAAAAGAUACAGAGUGAGUUAAUAUAAGAAUUGUAAAAAAAAUUGAUUAAUAAUCAUCAUUGAUUGGAUUUAUCUGACAGAUGAAAUUAGUUUUUAUUAUUCAAUAAGUGGAUUCCUCUGGCUGAUGAAAUUAAUUCUUAAUCAUUUAAUUAGUGGAUUCAUCUGACUACUAUAAACAGUAACUUAAAAAUUAUUUUUUUUCUACAACAAAUUGACUGGAACAUUUGAUAUAUAUAUAUUACUGCAUCUUACAAGUUAUCCAGAUCUUACCAGCGUGUUGUGUCAAUGAUGCCAUACUCUUACUAGCACCACGAAGGUCACAACGCACAACGAGUGUAAAAUCUUCGACGCCACGUGCGUUGAAUGCGGGGAUGUUACCUCGCAAAGGGCAGCCAUGCCCUCACCUAGCCCCAUCAGUAAUAAAAGUUCUCCAGAUCCUGGUGCUCAAUCGGAGCAGCAUCCUCUCAAGAGAGCAUCCAGUGAUGAAAGCUGCCAGAGUAUGAACUUAGAGAUUGGGUCUACUACAGGUGGACAGUCACCGGUCUCAUGUGUGGCAGGUGCACUUCCUGUCAUUAUUGACAAUGCAGCAAGCAUACGGAAAAGAGAAGCACUCUGUUUACAGGAUGUGAAACCUGUUAGCCUUGUUGACUUGGGGGACUUCUACCCUGAUGGAGGCUGGGGAUGGAUAGUACUUGGGGCUGCUACUCUUGUCCAUAUGAUGUGCAAUGGAUUUCACCUGGCUUAUGGCACCCUCUUUCUAGAGAUAAAGAAAAAAUUUACCAUCACUGACCUAUCAACAGCAUGGCUAGGCAGUCUAGGUAUUGCCAUUUCACUCUUCACAGCACCCAUUGUAACCAUCAUUUGUCGACGCAAGUCUCCUCGACUCUUUGCUGUUAUUGGUGGUUUGAUAUGUGCCCUUGGAUGUCUCUUCCUAGCUUUCUCAGACCAGCAGGAGCAGCUGUAUACUAGCCAUUGUGUGGUGUUAUCUCUAGGCACUGGUCUCACCAUAGUCACAGCCAAUAUUAUGGUGGGACGAUACUUUCGUAAAAAAAGAGAACUGGCUGAAAUGAUUUUGGUAUCUGGAAGUGGAAUAGGCACAGCUCUUAUGGCAACUAUGUUCAAGCACCUCAUAAGAGCCAUAGACUGGAUGCAUGGCCUAGAGUGUGUGGCAGGUCUGCUGGUGUUGACAAUCCUUGCUGGUGCAAUGUAUCGUUCUGCCAACUUGUACCAUCCAAGGCGCAAAGUUAUCUUGCACCUGAAAAGCCAGAAAAAGAGCAGACGUGAAAGAGAAUCAGAGAAACCUCCAUACUUGGAUUUCAGUGCACUUAGAAUGAGAUCACUUCGAGCUCUUAUUGUUAUCUCUGCUGUCAUUGCUAUAGGCAUUCAUGUUCCUUUUGUACUUUUGGUAUCUACUGCUUCAGCACAGUCAGCACCAAAUCAAACUGAGCACUAUUUCCUUCUGAGUGUGUACAUGGGCAUAGGCUUUGUGAUUGGAUGUGUUGGUCUCAGCUAUAUCACAAUCAGAAACAGCACAGAAUGUUACAUAGCAAGACGCCACUUAUGCCAGACUUCUGCAUUGUUGUGUGGUUUGUUCACACUUCUGCUUAUAUUGGCUACUAAUGAAAGCUCUCACAUUCUGUAUGCAUGGGCAUAUGGAAUUUGUUGUGGAAGUUAUUAUUAUAGUUUAAAGACAUAUGUUUAUGAGCUAGUAAAAAUUAAGCUUAUGGAAAGAGCCUGGAGUUUUCUAAGUGCAGCCAACAGUUUCCCAAUGUUAUUUGGUGCCCCAGUAGCAGCUUAUCUAAAUGAGAGCUACAAGUCCAAUGUGGCUGGCUAUAUCUUAGCAGGAGUGGCUAUGAUUGUUGGAGGACUGAUGUUUUACAUUAUGCCUUUCUUUGAAAGACAUCCAUCAAAUCAAGAAGUUCUUCAGAAACACAGCAGUUGCCAGUAUAAUGCCCACAUCACUGAAGCUGCUGCUCUUUUAGACAUUGAUUUCUCAGAAGGGUGUCCAGCUGGCAAGCAUAACCAUCAAACUAACAAUGGACAUGCGCCAUUCAAACUUACCAGACAAUGCAUCCCAGGCUCCAACAAUAAAACAGAAGGUGGAGGAGUUCGUGUGCAGCUUCAGUGUUUUGUCCAGCACAAAGAGAGAGAGAAACCCAAACAGGCAACACUCACUAAAAUUGCUGAAGAGAAAGAUGCCAUGAAAAAUAAUGGAUCCACAACAGAAUUGCUGAAAAAGGGAGGUGGAGGAAACUCAAGUAAUCAAAUAGAACUGAGCAUAACCAAGGCAGAUUACUCUGAUUAUCUGUCAGAUGGUCCAUCAGAUAGCAACUUCUCCAAUGCCACAGAGAAGUCCAGCAGUAAAGACAAUGCUGAACGAGGGCACGGGAAACUGGAAGGCAAGAAAAGUAAGAAGAAUGAUGUGAGAAUAGAUUUAUUUGAUCCACCAAGCCAAGAGAAAGAGUCCACAGCAACAGUGUCUUACGACAGUGACUUGUACAUAAACUUAUGUGAAGCCCAGGUCUAAGAAACUCAAAAGGCAAUUGGUGCCUUAACAUUGAAUUUUUUUGGUUUGCCUCAAAUUUUUUGUUACAACCAUAAUUUUUUUUUUGUAUUUAGAUACUGACAUUUUGUACAUUCCAGCAUUGGGGAGCAUGUCAUAGUUUUAAUUCAUAUUUUUUUUACUGGUGGAAACUUAUGAUAAAUGUUUGUGUAAAACUCUUCUUGUCAUAGUCAGUGUAAAUAGUUCAUUCAUUCUGAAGACAUAAUUGUUUGUAGAAAAGUCAUUAUAUUUACAUAAAUAGAAAAACAAACAUAACAUAUAUAUAUAUAUAUAUAUAUAUAUAUAUAUAUAUAUAUAUACACAGGUCCUAGGUAUAUAAUGUUUAUUUCCUUGGUAUUUUAAUCUCUCUUGAGUGAACAAAGGAUAGCCAACUGUCAUUUCUAUUUAAAAAAGAAAAACAAUGCAAAAAAAAAUUAAAAAAUUAUGCGCUAAGUUAGGUUUUUACGUCAAAAGGCAGAGGAUUGUCAGUAAAAAGUUAAUUUUAUCAACUUUAUUAUUGUCUCCAAAGUUAUUUUACAUAUCCUAAUGAAAUUAUUCACUCUGCCUUUUUGUCCUUCACAACUGUGUUUAAAUUAACAUAGCAAAUUUGCUUUUUAUCAGAAAAUGUUAAUUUUGGUAUAAAAUAAAAGGAGAAUGCAUGAUAUAGAUUUUAAAAAUCUGUAUUAUUUUGAAGCAUGAAAAUUUAAAAUUCAAAAUGAAAAUUCAUCAACAAUGGACAAAAUGAUAAUUAAAUGUAAUAUAGAUCUAGAAAGUUUUUUAUUAUCCAAAUUAAAUAAAUAAAAAAAAAUUCAAAUGUUCACAAAAAGUAUAUAAAUCAUUAAAACACAAUUGAAAAGUGGAGCUGUUUAUCAUAUGUCAUAACCACCAGAAAAACUUAUUUGAAAAAUAAGAUGGAAGUAACCGCUUUAAACACAUUUUUCUUAGUAAAAAUAUGUAGAAAGAAAAAAAAUUUAACAAAGGGAAACUAUUCAUGAUGAAGUUUAAGAAAAUUAUAUAAACAUAGUGAAGAAAGUAAAAAAAAAAAAAGAAUUUAAAAGCAUCACAAUUAGUGCAUAUUUCACAUCUCAGCGUAUAAAAGAACUGUAUUAAACAUCUGAAUCAUAUUGAAAUACAGUACUAAAAUAAUUUUUACUUCGAAAAGAUGUUUGAUGUAAAAAAAAUAUUCUCAUUAUCAGCUGGCUUUCUUUGUUUGUGUAAUAGUCACAUUUUUGCUUUUUUAAAAUUUAUAAUUAAUACGCUUUACUGACACAAUGAGUUACUUUUAGGUGUCCUUUUCUAAAUACUUUGUUGAAUAUUAUUUAAAAUUUACUUUUUUAAAGUUAUAAUUCUUUGAAAUAUUUCUUCAAAAAAAAAAAUAAUUUUCAGCAUACAAAUUCAACAAGACAUGAUGAAUAUGAAUAUCUAUUUAAAAAAUGUAAUAAACCAUUUUUAAAUGAUUUUUUGAAAACAAAAAACAUGUCACCCAACAAAAACUACUCAAAGAUCACCAUGAAUGGACACUCCCCUCAACAUUGUAGACCCCUUUACAUACCUGGGAAGCUUGAUAUCCAAUGGCAAAUCAUGUUCAAGAGAAGCUGAUAACCAUCUUGCUAAAUUAUGAAGGGCUUUUGGGCUCCUUCAAGUGAGAGUGUGGCUAAAUAAAUUGCUCCACCUGCCUUCAAAAAAUCAGUAUCUAACAAGCAGUGCUUCUCACCACACUUUUGUAUGGCUCUGAGAUCUGGGUGCUUUAUAGAAGGCAUCUAAGGCUCUUUGAACUCUUCAAUCAAAGGUGUCUCAACUCUAUAAUGGGCAUACACUGGCACGACUAUCUCACAAAUAACCAUGUUCUGCUGGAGGCUCAUGUGAACAGUAAAGAAACACCACUUACCAUUCCACAGCUGUGCUGGAUCAGACACUUAUCCUGCAUGGGGGACAACCGCAUACCAAAGAUGAUCUUUUUUAGCCAGCUUUAGCAAGAUGGUCUUACAGAGUUAACCCGCUUCUCCAAUGUGAGCACUAUAAAGGUCAACUCAGCGCCAUUUUACCCUCAUUGGCAUAGAGGAAAGUUGAAAAGCUCACAUGAAGGCCACACAUUUGAAGCCCAAGAAAAGCAAUUUUAGAAGACAGGCGCAGAUAACAUAAAGAAAACCUAAAAAGACCUCCACCCCAUGAGAUGUGGGAAAAUAUGGAUAUGUGUGGCCAUGUAAAGCACUGCACUCAUCCUAAAUCUUUGGAAUCAAAGACAUUGCCAUUCAUUUAUAUAUAUAUAUAUAUUUGUAUUCCAUUCCUUUUCAAACCAGUUUUUUUUUUUUAAAUAAAUUUUGGUAGUGCCUCUAUUUCUUGUUUGAGUUCUAGUCCUGUGAAAUAAAUAAUAGUCCUGUUAUGAAAAUGAAAAUAAAUCUUUUAAAAAAUUAUAUAUAUAUAUAUAUAUAUAUAUAUAUAUAUAUAUAUAUAUAUAUAUAUAUAUAUAUAUAUAUAUAUAUAUAUAUAAUUGAAAUAAAAUGUGCAAUCUGUUUUAACACUUCUUUCUUUCACCUGAGAAUACUUAAGAAUUAUAUUGCUGGUCAAAUAAUGUCUUAUUUACUUGGAGUAAUUGAAAUCUCAUGUUAAAUUAUUCUAAAAUAUUCUUUAUUCUAUUUGUUGUUUUCUUGUUAAAUUGGUGUAAUUUUUUAAAAAAGGAUCAUUGAUAAGAUAAUAUUUCUGCUAUUGAAUUUCUCCUCAUAGAACAAGAGACCAUUCAUUUCUUGUCUGCAUUCACUUUUAUUGUUUCUGGUUAAGAAAGGCUUCUAAAACAUUAUCAAGAGAUUAAAAAAAAUGCAUAAUGUGGCUGUCAGCUAAUUUAUAAUGCUUAUUUGCUUUAAAAUUAUAAACAUUUCUGAAUAUUGUAAAAAGCAUAAUAUCUAUUAUAAAAUAUUGAUAAUUGGAAACAGCCUUUGUUUUAGUUUUAUUGGAGUCCAAUGGGACAGCCUUAUAGCUUUAUUGAAAUUCAUGCAGAACUUUCAAAAUGAAAUGUACACAAAUAUUUUUUUUAUGUUGUGAAUACAAAUAGUAUGUUUUGCUUUGUUUUUUGGUUGGGAAGGGGGAGGGGUAAUUUUGGAUAGGAUUUAGAAUACAUGCAUCUGUGCAGUCCUUUUUUUUUUUAUACCUUGGAAAUAUUUCUACAUUCCGAACAUAUUUUAAAGCAUUCAUUUGUACAUUAUUACAGAUAACAUUUUAUUGAAGACUUGAAUUCAGCUUUAGUUGAGGAAUAAAGUUUUUUUCACUGUCAAAAUUAUAUUUUUCAAUGUUAAUUUAUUCUCUAAAUGUCUCUUUGAUUAAUUCAGUUCUAUUUAUUUCAAAGACAUUAUUAUUUUUUAACAUAAAAAUCUAUUCUUUUUUAUCCUACUUAUGGCCACUUUAUUAGUCCUAAAACUUUAUUUUAAAGAAUGUACACUUUCUGUAGGUAUUGGCAUUAAUAAGAUUGUAGUUAAAAUUAAUAUUAGAUAAUGUUUAACAAAUGUUAUUGCCAAAAAUAUUUGUAAAACUUGAUUAUUUUUCAUUGGUGUUAACAUUUUUUCAUUGUAAUAAUAUUUUUAAAAAUUAAAAUCUUAAAGUAAUUUAAAAGAAAAUGACAAGGGAAUAGGCUCAUUCAAAAUGGUAGCAGACAAGUGAGUACUAACAAUUUUUUACAUUAUGCCUUUUUUUCUUCUGAAUUUGUUCUCAUUUUUUUUAUUUCAUUCAAUUGAAUGAGCUACUGCUGACAGACACUUUUAUAGUGUAAUCUAAAUUUAAUUCAACACAUAUCUUUGUAUAGUUUUGUACAAUUUAUUGUUUUUUUUUCCUUUAAACUUAAGUCAGAUAAAAAAAAUUGUCUUCCAUCUAAAAUUGUAGAUUUUCAAACUAGCCAGCUAUGUUUAGUACAUUGUAGCAUGUUUUGAUACAUCUCUUUAAUCCAACUUGGCCUACGUAGAUCUAAUUUUUUUUAUACAUAUUUUUAUGUUCAAUAUAUUUACUUCUUGUUGUUGUUUUUUUUUUUGUAAAACUCAUAUUACUUAGAAGGGCCUACAAAUUAUGAACAAUAAUUACAUUACUAGGGUCUUGAAUCACAGGGCAAAAUAUGAAUUAAUGCAUAAUCACUUUAAAUAUAUAUAUAUAUAUAGCCUAUAUAUAUAUAUAUAUAUAUAUAUAUAUAUAUAUAUAUAUAUAUAUAUAUAGGCCUAUAUAUAUAUUUUGUAUCUGGCAUGAUUCUGUGGAUAAAUGUUUUGAUAAGGAAAUGUUAGUCAUAAAUUAUAUCAUAUUAAUGUACUGUGUGAAACUGUAAGGGAAUUUUAAACAAUGUUUCGUUGCUUUUGUCCAUGUUGUUGUUUUUAAUGUAUCAUUUCAAUAAAUGAAAAAAAUCAAUGAAAAGACAUUUUUACUUUCUCUAUAAUAUAAGACAUAUCCUUUGCAUUGGUUAGCUGUUUCAGGUCCUACGUUUUAAGAAAUCGUUACACUAGCUGUCUUGUCAAGUAUUCUUAUGCAGUUCGAUAUAAAUUUUCAAGUUUU